GAAUAAUUAUUAGUUGACUGUAUUGUACUCGCGUGUACGUAGACUCAAAUAAUGCAGAGAGGAGGGGAACGUGGGGUUGCAUUACUGUAAAUGUCGAUCUCGUUCUCCUUCAUGAGCUUGCGGAGCUCGGCGAGCCGCUCGGUCGUGUGCACCUUCUCCAUGUCUAAGGUUGGGGUAGAGCGGAGGAUGCGAGAGGAGGAAAAGACUCUACGAAAGGGUGUAGAAGUCCUGGCGGCAGCAUACAACAGGGACGAGGAUCUGGAGAGGGCCGCGGCGAAGGGACCGUGGGUGUGCAGGUGUGCGUGUGCGUGGGAGCGCAAGAUGAAGUGCUCUGCGGCAGGCAUUGAUUGAACAAAGUAGAUGGGGAUGGGAUGCGGGAGGAGGGGCGGCGUAUUACAUACGCAUGUGCAUACCAAUGGGUUAAUGGUUGCCACUUGCUGGUUACCAGGAGAUACUUUGCUUGCUUGCAGCUACACAGUUUUGCUAUUAGCUAACUUUCUCGUAUCGAUAUCUGCUAGUAAUCUACGGAAUAUCGGUAUUUGUACGCCGUCUCUACUAUUACUUUUCAUCUCUGCCGACCUCUCAUACUACCCGUGUUUACAAGUAAGUAUAAAGAAGUUGAGAGGACCUCUCGAGGCGAAUCAUUUUUCAACCUCGGAGUACGACAAUAGUGUCCAAUUGAUCCCACCGUAUCGUAUACAUGCUAUGCCUAACAUCUGCCGUCUCCCAUUCGACAUUCGAGCUCCGAGGCGAGUGGAGAAUGACGUCUUGAAAGCGUUUAGCGUUGUAUUCGUACUUGUUUUUUCUUUCUUCGAGUGUGUAUUCUGCCAUGGAGAUUCCUAAUUAUGAUGAGACUAAAGAUGAUGUAGAGACUAGUACUAGUACUGUGGAAAGGUCAAUACUGUGAUAAUAUUAACAGAUGAAGGAGAAGAAAGAAGA